AUGGGCGGGCUACAGCAGCCACUUGUGGCACCAGCACGGCAACGUCCAAGCACGAGCGAUGUCGCAACCGACGGCGCUCAAUGCGCAACCGUGUCAAACGUGGCGGGCGCAACGAACAGGAACCGCGCGCCCCAUCGGCUGCCGACAGGCCCGCAAUGCGGCCCGCACAGCGUACAAGCGAACGCCACAUUGUUGGUCGACAUUCAAUGGUUAUUCGCGAAUAAAGAGUACGAGCCGGCUCUCGUGACGAGAGGCCGUGGAGCGUGCUCCGUCACGUCACUGAGCGAGUUAGGCGAACUGUGCACAUGCCUCAAAAGUUAUUCUUGCAUG